AUGGAGAAGAAACCAGUGCUGGAGCGGAGGAAUCUCGGCAAAACAGGCCUCCAACUCGGCUGCAUCGGCUUUGGUGCCUCUCCCCUCGGCAACCCGCCGUUCGCCGUGCGCUCGCACUAUUGUCACGACAUCGAGUUUGGAUCGCUAGAUCAGAUCGUCAACGAGACUAUUCCAGCAUUGCAGAAGAUCAGGGCGGAAGGGAAGGCGAGAUUCAUUGGUAUCACGGGGUUGCCGCUGGGAAUUUUCACAUAUGUUCUGGAUCGCGUGCCGAUGGGAUCCGUGGAUGUAAUUCUUUCGUAUUGUCAUUAUGGUGUUAAUGAUUCUACUCUGGCGGAUUUGAUUCCUUAUUUGAAGAGCAAAGGGGUUGGAGUGAUCAGUGCUUCUCCGCUUGCAAUGGGGCUUUUGACGGAGAGCGGACCUCCGGAUUGGCACCCUGCUUCGCCGGAACUGAAGUCGGCGUGCAGGGCUGCUGCAGUUCAUUGUAAAGAGAAGGGGAAAAACAUUUCGAAGUUAGCACUUCAGUACAGUCUAAUGAAUAAAGAUAUUUCAACAGUGCUUGUUGGCUUGACUUCUGCUGCUCAGGUGGAGGAUAAUGUUGGGUCUGCUCUAGAGCUCUCUGAGGUGGGAAUUGACCAAGAAACUCUGCAGGAGGUGGAGGCUCUAUUAGAACCAGUGAAGAACGAGACUUGGCCCAGCGGAAUUCAAAACUAGUUUAUGUGGAACAUUUUUGCCUUGGGUAUGACUGCUUUUUACUUGACUUCUAUUAUUAUUAUUUUCUCUAUCUCGAACCAACAUCUCUUGAACAUAUUGUAUUUAUGUAUUAUUGUUUAGAAUUA